AUGGAAUUUGAUGUAUUUGACAAACUCAGCGACCUGGAGACGAAGAUCCACCUUCAAAAAGAAGAUCUUAAUAAGAAAGAUGCCUACAUUCAACAGAUACUGGGUCAGAAUGCACUUCUCCGACAACAGAUGGAAAUCCACAUGAAAGAACUUGCUAUUUUACGCAAGAACCAAUCAUCCGUAACUGUUGCCACGAUGGAUAAAGAGGUUCAAACGGAUGGAAAAGUCAAUGAAGUUGAAGAUACUCCAGAAAGCGCAUUUGCCGGUGCAGAGGCUUCUAUAGCUGAUAUCCUUAAACAAACGUCCGAUUCCGUCACCCAUAACAGCGGAUAUGUAUUUGACCAGCAGACUGGUCUUUAUUUUGACAAAAAUAGUGGCUACUACUACGAUCCAGAUAAUCAACUAUUUUUUGAGCCAAAGACUGGAGUCUACUAUAGCUACAACGAUGAAACCAAAGAAUACUCCUACCAUUCCCGUGUUUCCACGGAAUUGAGUGGCAAAUUUAAAGCCCUUCUGGAGAAAACCGCGAACAAAACUGAGCUUUCUGCAUCAGCGGUGAAGUCGGAAGAUCGUUACAGGGGUCGGAGACAUCGCUAUUCGUCAUCUUCGUCAACUGAUCGUCGUCGGCGACAUGGCCACCGAAGGAGUAGACGUUCGAGUCGACGUCGUCGUCGAACUAGGCACCGGCAUAGGUCUUCGUCUUCAUCGUCUUACUCAAGAAGUGGCUCUUCAGUCUCAUCCCCUUAUCGGCUGCGCAGGAGAAGCCGAGAUUACCGCAGUUCAUCAUCUGAUGGAGGACGUUCUUCACAGCGUCAUGGUCGUCGCAAAGACAGGGAGUCUGCACCAGAGGAAGCGAAGCCCGCCUGCAUAGCCGCGACCGCUGUUGUCUAUCCACCCUCUGUGCGUCUAAUGGUCCUCGCUUCCAACGCCGUCGGCCUCGCCGUAGGCUCCGUAGGUGUCAUCACCUCUCAGGAGGCCUCAACCGGCUGGGGCUGUCUGGGUAGAAAUUGGCACUACUGUCCAAUAUUCGACCUGACCCAAGAUACUGACCUCGACGAAAUUCAUUGCGAGAUCACGUUUAACGUCGUCGACGAGAGCUACUUUGUUAAAGAUCGAAGGACAGUAAAUGGCACCUACGUAAAUGGGACUAAACUUGAAAAGAAUGAAAAAAAAUCUCUUCGGCAUGGGGACGUCUUACGUAUUGGAGCCAACCGAUUUCUCGUGCACAUUCACCCGGGUCGCGAAACGUGCGGACAGUGUGAGGCCGCAGAAUUCCAAGCAGCUAUGGAAUCAGUGGCUAACUCUUCCAUGUUAACCGCUGUACCUGAUGAUGUGCAAUUGACCAAGUCGGAGUCGAAAGACUCUAUUAGAAAGGCCAACGUUGAUGCACUGAAAAUCAAAUAUGGGCUAAAAAAGGCAGGCAAGAAAGACGGUCGGUGGAAGGGCGGCGGCAGUCGGCAGAGGGCGCGACUCGUCGAGGAAAAACCGCACUACGAAGACAGGGCGGCCAAACGUCGUGCGCUGGAAAAGGCCAUGUCUUCAGAUAACCCAGUGCCGGUCAGUCAGACUGGGAUCGCCACUACGGCUAGCGUGAUUACCCCCAUUGACGAAACCAACGUGGGGGCCCGUCUUCUCGCCAAAAUGGGCUGGAGCCGGGGCGAGGGUCUGGGUCGUGAGAAAGGAGGCAUCUCUGAACCGAUAUCCGCGAGCAUGCGUUUGGACCAGCGCGCAGGGCUCGGCUUCGGUAACAUGGCAAUCGGCCAAAAUUCACUUCCUCUUGACGCAACUGCUUCAGAAAUCCGACACGCCCGAACGCUCUCGGUGACACGCGAACGCUACCGCCUUCUAGAAGAAAAAGAACGCGCGGGACAAUUGUAA